AACGACAAUGAUGAUGAUGGGAUCAUCGGUGAAUGCAUUCACUCACAUUGUGGGCGCAAGCCAUGGCUGGAGAGUACCCGAUAACGUUACAUUCUACGAUGAAUGGGCUAAGCCUAGAACCUUCGGUGUCGGAGACAAACUCGUUUUCCCGUAUCGGCCUGGGGCGAACAACAUAGUGGCGGUGAAGAAGGCGGACUACGAGGUAUGUGGUGAGGAGAAUGUGAUAAACAUGUACUAUCUAGGGCCGACCAUCCUGAACCUGACCGAGGCGGGGGACUACUACUACUUCGAUGGAAUUGGGAAGCAUUGUGAGGCUGGGCAGAAGCUGCACGUCCAAGUGGGUUCGAAGGAUGGCACUUCUGGUGCGGACCCAUUGCCGUUUAACCUUGAAACUUUUGGGAUUCACACGAGUUUGGAUCCGAGCCAAAACGUAGCCCCGGCUGCAGCCCCAACCGCGGCCACCAAAGCAUCCCAUGCCAAUGCCAAUGCCUUGCUUGUUCCUACGGGAUUGGCCGCCAUUGCCAUGUUUUUCUCCACCUUACUUUGA